AUGUCGAAACGCGAAGAAAAAGCCCCGGAGCCUGUUGAGGGCGUCACGGAUCUGGAACGCGUGGUCACCGCGACACACCAGAUGGCGGAUGAUGCAGAGAAAGAGCAUGGACUUGUGGCUGUUGAUACAUCGGCUUCUGAACGCUUGCCGUUUUCGAAAGCACGGUGUGUGGCGCUUGUUACGACUAUUGCUGCGGCGCCGUUUUUGAGCACGAUGGCGGUUCAAGCAUCCGUUAUCAUCCUACCUACCAUUGGGGAAGAAUUGGAUAUUCCAGUUAGUCGUCAGCAGUGGAUUAUCUCUGCGUACAACUUGACGUUUGGUUGCUUCCUACUACUAUGGGGCCGUCUAGCAGACGUCUACGGCCGACGAAUGAUCUUCCUCUGGGGCUCCGCAGCCUUCACACUCACAUCAAUAAUAACGCCCUUCAUCCCCAAUGAAAUCGGCUUCGACAUCUUCCGCGGUCUCCAGGGUCUCGCUGCCGCCGCCAUGGCACCAACCGCUCUCGGCAUCCUCGCUUCUACCUUCCCACCCGGAAAGACCAAGGACAUCGCUUUUGGCUGUUUUGGUGCUGGGGCCCCACUGGGUGGCGUCUUGGGCAACAUCUUUGGUGGUGUCGUGGGCGAGUAUCUCGACUGGCAGUGGGUUUUCUGGUUGUUUGGGAUUAUUGCGGGGAUUUCGACUGUUGCGAGUUACUUCGUUAUCCCAAUCCCGCCAAUGAAGCCCGAACCUGUGUUGCGCAACACGGUGGAUUGGAUCGGCGGAUCGCUCAUCACCAUCGGUCUCGUUAUCCUCGUGUUCGCGCUUUCCGAAGGCAACGUCGUGGGCUGGAGUACGCCAUGGGUACCAGUCCUCAUCGUGCUCUCACUAAUCAUCAUCGGCGCAUUCGGCUUCUGGCAGCAUUACCUCGAGCACAAGACGGAGCGGCGACCCUUGAUGAAGAUGAGCAUCUUCAAAAACGGUAAAUUUACUGCUGCCAAUGUGCUCAUGGCGCUGUUCUUCUCGUCCUUCAACAACUAUCUCAUCUUCGCAACCUACUGGUUCCAGGACUACCAAGGCCUUUCCGUUAUCCAAACUACGCUGCGCUUUCUACCCAAUGGCAUCACGGGGAUUCUGGUGGCUACCAUCACUGGGCAGAUUCUGUCUCGUGUGCCGGGCGAUUAUAUACUUACCUUCAGUACUAUCUGUGUGAGUAUAUCCUCCUUACUUUUCGCAAUCCCCAUUCCGGUGCAUACAACAUACUGGGCGUAUGGCUUCCCGGCUAUGGUCCUGUGUGUCUCGGGUGCGGAUACCAUCUUCCCGGUACUUACCCUGUUUGUGGCGAAGACGCUGCCGGCGGAGGAUGCUUCGCUGGGAGGGGCGCUUAUUACGGCUGUGGGUCAGAUUGGGAGGGCGGUUGGGCUGGCGAUCGCGACGGCGGUUCAGACGGCUGUUGUGGCUAGGGAGAAGGGGUUGAGUGUGGAUCAGAUUGGUGGUGAGGGACAUGAGACGGUGCCUUGGGAUGAUGCGCUCAAGGUGGUCGCCAACGCACGUAUCGAAGGCCUAACAACCGACCUAGGCAUGACAGGCAACCAAUACCUCACCGGCCUAACCCUCUACUUCAUCGGCUACGUCCUCUUCGAAAUACCCUGCAACAUCGUCCUCAAACGCACAACGCCGAAGUUCUGGCUGCCUACGCUUACGGUGGUGUGGGGUGUUGUGGCUACGCUGAUGGGUGUUACGCAGAACCUGUCUGGCUUUUUUGCGGUGCGCUUCUUUCUGGGGAUGGCAGAGUCGGGGCUGUUUCCUGGAGUGGUGUAUUAUUUGAGUAUGUGGUAUAAGCGCAAUGAGCGCCAGUAUCGCAUUUCGUUGUUUUUUAGCUGCGCGAGUCUUGCCGGGGCUUUUGGUGGUAUCCUAGCAUAUGGCAUUGCGCAUAUGCGUAACGAGGGUCUGCUCACCAUUAUCAUCGGAAUAGUCGCGUACUGGUUCAUCUCAAACUACCCCGCCACCGUCAGCUGGCUCAGCAAAGAAGAAAGAGCGUUCGUGCAAGCUCGUCUCAAAGCCGACAGCGACGCAACGAACGACGAAGCAUUCUCAUGGGCGGAAGUGCUGCUAGCCGCAAAAGACAUCAAAAUCUGGCUCUACGCCUUUGCCUUCCACACCAUGAGUCUACCACUAUACACUCUAUCCCUCUUCCUACCAACAAUCAUCCGCGACAUGGGCUACACAUCCGCCCAAUCCCAGCUCCUCACCAUCCCCCCCUACGCCGUCGCAACCCUCUUCACAAUCUUCUGGGCCAUCCUCUCCGAACGCUACGCCCGCCGCGCCCUCUUCAUCCUAACCACCUCCACCGUCGCAAUCAUCGGCUACAUUAUCCUGCUCGCUAACACAGAUCCCAAAGCACGCCCAGGCGUAUCUUACGUAGGGACUUUCUUCGCAGCUAUCGGCAUCUACCCUUCCGUCGCCCUGGUCCUCUGCUGGCCCGCCAUCAACGUCAGUGGGCAGACCAAGCGCGCAACGGCUAAUGCCAUGCAAAUUAGCAUUGGGAACCUGGGGGCGGUGCUGGGGACGCAGUUGUAUCGCGCGAACUCUGGACCGAGAUAUGUGCUUGGGCAUAGUUUUGCGUUGGGGUAUUUGUGUUUGAACUUGCUGGUUGUGGGGGUGUUGUGGGUGUUGUUGAAGAGGGAGAAUGCGGAAAAAGAGCGGGUGUUGGUGGAGAGGCCGCAGACGGGCGGGUUUCAUGAUAGUGUGGAGGAUGUUAAGAUGGGGGAUCGGCAUCCGAGGUGGAGGUUCCAGGUUUGA